UUGUUUAUCAAUGAGGAGUUUUUCAGGAAUGAGAAAUUGAGUGCUAUCGAAAUAAUAGUAUCUCUAGCAGAGCUCUCACCAAACACAGUUGUUGGAAACAUCCAGGCAGUUAUCAGAGGUCUUCUGAAUGAAUGUAAAAACUUACGCUCAACAGUUUCUCGUACUGCAAUAGUUGCUUUUGGAGCUCUGUUCAAAAACCUCAAGACGGUUCUCGAUUCGGAUAUUGAGAAGUACACGUCACCCGGACGAGCUCUGAAUGCUUUAGUGGCUGCUGGAGCUAAGCAAGUUUUCUUUUACACAAGCAAAAAUAAUAUGAUCCGUGCUAGCUGCAGCAGUUUGCUGAUCAAGUUGCUAGAACGUAUAGGAUCGGCUAAUGCUGUCAAUAGCGCUGAACUUCCGCAAUUCAUUAACACGCUAUUGCUCUUCGCUAAGGAUCCAAAUGGCACCGUACGAUACAAUGGAAAAUAUGGAAUAAAAUUACUCAGUGAGGUUCGCACUCCCUUAAAUUAUUAUUUUUAAAG